GGGGCGGCUCUGCGCAUGCUCGGCGGUGCGACCGGCAGCGCGGGCGGUGGCGACCUGGAGACCCCCGAGGGAUGGAAGCGCCGGCGCCGGCGGAGGCGGCAGGAUGCGAGGAGCUCGAUAUGGACGUGAUGAGACCCUUAAUAAACGAGCAGAAUUUCGAUGGCUCGUCCGACGAGGAGCAGGAACAGACACUCCUGCCUAUGCAGAAGCACUACCAGCUCGAUGGGCAGCAUGGGAUUUCAUUCGUGCAGACCUUGAUGCAUCUUCUCAAGGGGAACAUUGGAACUGGCCUUUUAGGGCUCCCUUUGGCAAUAAAGAAUGCGGGCAUUGUGCUUGGACCGAUCAGCCUUGUGUUUAUAGGAAUUAUUUCCGUCCACUGUAUGCACAUAUUGGUUUAAGAAGUCGACAUUGGGGUACAGUGACACCGUGAGUUUUGCCAUGGAGGCUAGCCCGUGGAGUUGCCUUCAGAGGCAGGCAGCGUGGGGGCGGACCGUGGUCGACUUCUUUCUGGUGAUAACACAGUUGGGAUUCUGCAGUGUCUAUAUUGUCUUCUUAGCUGAAAAUGUGAAACAGGUUCAUGAAGGACUCCUGGCGAGCACGGUGAUUGCUUCGAAUAGUUCGGAUCUGUCUCAUGCCUGUGAAAGAAGAAGUGUGGACCUGAGGGUCUACAUGCUCUGCUUUCUCCCACUUAUAAUUCUCUUAGUGUUCAUUCGAGAGCUAAAGAAUCUCUUCAUACUUUCAUUCCUUGCCAACAUUUCCAUGGCUGCCAGUCUUGUGAUAAUUUACCAGUAUGUUGUUAGGAACAUGCCAGAUCCCCACAACCUUCCAAUAGUGGCUGGUUGGAAGAAAUACCCACUGUUUUUUGGCACUGCUGUGUUUGCUUUUGAAGGCAUAGGAGUGGUGCUGCCACUGGAAAACCAAAUGAGAGAGUCCAAACGCUUCCCUCAGGCAUUGAACAUUGGGAUGGCCAUCGUCACCGUGCUGUACAUCAGCCUGGCCACUUUAGGCUACAUGUGUUUCCGUGAUGAGAUCAAAGGCAGCAUAACAUUGAAUCUUCCCCAGGACAUGUGGUUGUAUCAGUCAGUGAAAAUUCUGUAUUCCUUUGGCAUUUUUGUGACCUAUUCAAUUCAGUUCUAUGUCCCAGCAGAGAUCAUUAUCCCCAGUGUCACUGCUAGACUUCAUGCCAAAUGGAAGCGCAUCUGUGAAUUUGGAAUACGGUCCCUCUUGGUUAGUAUCACCUGUGCUGGGGCGGUUCUCAUUCCUCGUCUAGAUAUUGUGAUCUCCUUCGUGGGGGCUGUGAGCAGCAGCACGCUAGCCCUGAUCCUGCCCCCACUUGUGGAAAUCCUUACGUUUUCUAAGGACCACUACAACAUAUGGAUGAUCCUGAAAAACAUUUCCAUAGCGUUCACUGGAGUCGUGGGCUUCUUGCUGGGCACGUACGUCACUGUUGAAGAAAUUAUUUAUCCGACUACAGCAGUUGUCACUGGCACCUCCCAGAGUCCCUCUCUGAAUGUGAACUCUACAUGUGUAGCGAGUGGUUUGUAAUAGUGGGAGAAGAGCAGUGAGCUCCCUCUUGUCACCCCAGUUCCAACACCAAUCAAGAAUGAGUACAGUGCACCGCCACACACUAAACACAGUGCCAAACUCCGAGUUUUUGUUGGCAGAAUAUUGUAAUUUGAUGGUGAACUGGACACUUUUUUGCAGUUAUGAUAAAUUAUGGUAGAUUAUUGCUUUUAUCUAAUGACAAUGAAAAUUUUAAAUUAGCUUUGAAAAUUGAAAAAUUUAAAAUUCAAAACAUAAACAAUAAGCAUAACCUAUUAUUCUUUGCUUCUGUAAGAAACUCUUUGAUUAAGAGUUGUUUUUCUUACCACUAUUGAGAAGAUAAAGGAUUUCAACAUUGUAUAAAUUAAAUAGGAACAUAAUUUUAAAAACCUCUUUGAAGCAUCCCACAAUAGCAAAGUACACCUCCUGUGUACGUGUGCACAAAAAUGCAUUGAUUGUGUUUUUAUUCCAUGGGCAACGCUGCUGGCAGGCCCUGGAGGUAUAGUAGAUUCCCACUGACCACCAUGUAAGCAUUGAACAGUUCCCAGAGCCAGAAUCACUUUACUGUUCAGCUAUACAGGGAGUAGAGCUUUAUAGUCACCAGGAAGCACUGAGCAGGGUUCUGACUUUCUGUUUCCGUCAUAGGUGAGAAGGUCGUUGAAGUUUCUGGAAUAUUGCUCCCUUAGUUAUGUCUUAGUUAGGGUUUCUGUUGCUGUGAUACAGCACCACCACCAAAAGCAAUUUUGGAGGAGAGAACUUCAGUUUACAGUUCCACAUCACAGUCCAUCAUCAAGGGAAGUCAGGGCUCAAGAACUCAAGGCAGGAACCUGGAGGCAGGAGCUGCACAGAGGCCAUGGAGGAGUGUUGCUUACUGGUUUGCCUCUCAUGGCUUACUCAGCCUGCUUUCUUAUAGCACCCAGGGCAGCCAGCCCAGGGGUGGUACCACCCACAGUGGGCAUAGCCCUCCCACAUCAAUCAUGAGUCUGGAAAAUACCCCCACAGACUUGCCUACAGGUUAAUCUUGCAGAGACAUUUUCUUUAUUGAAUCUCUUCCAAAAUGACUCCAUAUUGUGUUAAGUUGACAAAAACUAACCAGAUGGUUUCCAUUGUAGGAAAUGGAGUCCCAGAAAUGUUAGGUGGCUUGGUUGAGAGGACUUAGCCUUGAGUCAAGAGAACCCAAUGCAGAGAUUGAAACGAAAUUAAUUUUCAUGUCACAGUCAAUAAGAACAAUAAAACACAUUCAGCUUAAUUUUAGUGUAAAGUUUAAUUAUAUUUUUAUCCUUUGGGAGUGUGUGUGUUAUCUCUGAAUAGUAUAUGUGACAUGAUAAAAAGCCAGAAAAGAAAUCCAAGAAACCUGCCUGGUGGCUUCAUAGACCUCAAACAGGGAAAGAAGCUAACAGGCCUUUAAACAGAAGGAGACUGGCUUGCUGUAGGAUGUGCUGUAGGGUGGAGGUCACAGAAGGUGCGGUCCCUUAAACAGUAGGAGACCUCUGGCUAACUGUGUAGUGUUCUAGUCACAUGCUCCCUUGUCUCCUAGGUUUGUAGGCAUUGUAGAUGCCUGACAAAAUACAGAAUUCUAGAUCUUACUAGCUACAUACAUAGCAUUCCUCACUGCAGUCUUCUAUUGAUCUGAAUGGGCAGAGUAAAGGAACUGUCAAAUGAAUGUUUAAGAAAAUGGGAAACAAUAGAGAACCCUAUAGUAUAUACCAGGGCGCUUCAGGCAUCGUCCAGAGAGAUGCCACCUUCUCUCCAUCUUCAAACUAGCCAAAGCAGCCAAGCUCAUCUGAUGAUGAAGAGGAGAACUGGGAGUUUGAAGGACUGAGUGGGGUUGUCUCCUGGACGUCUUUGCCCAUUGGCUCUAUGUGUUAGUUGGAAGAUGUUACCAAGCUGUCUGUGGAAUUCUCUAUUUUUUUAUGUAAAUAUUAACUUAUUCAGGUGCAGCUUUGCUUAUGUCAUUAUUUUAUCUUCAGGUGUGAGCCUAUAUCAGAAGCUUUAUUUUGCUAUGCAUUCAUAAGAACCAAAACUUUAAAACAUUUAUAUUAUUUCUAAUAAUUGUUGAUGAUAUUUUAUGUUGAAUUGUUACUUCAAGUCUUCAGUCUUAGGCUGUGGGUGGGGUUGUGAGGAAAGUAAUUUCAUUGGAAUUUGACUGUGAGAAAUGUAUUAGCUAUUUUAAAAUGUACAGAGGCAUACGGUGAGUUAAAAACUCCCUGCCCAGGAAGCAACAUGUGGUUCUUGUCAGCUGUGUUCACGUAUUUCUACGUUGCAUGCUCAGUUUUAUUUUUGUGUCUUCACCUGCUCCUUGUGGAAUUCAAGUGCAGCAGGUUUUUAACUGGUGGGUCACUGCAGGGCCUUUUAAGUUCUGCACACAGGGUAUGAGCAUCUUACCAGCCAGGAUUUCUUAUGUAGUAAAACUGCUGAAUCAACAGCCCAUAUGGAAGUCCCCAAAUUUAUCAACACAAGAAGAGUCACAAUACAGAAAGCAAGACACGCUGAGAGAAGAGAGAUAGUUUUAAUUUGUAGCAUGAAGCACUGUUCACAUGCAAAAUAUAAAAGACACACACACUUGUUUAAAGGUGCCCGAGGACACACUUACCAUUUGAUCAUUUUUCUCUGAUAUUUGGUUUUACAGAAUUACAUUUCUAAAGAUUUUUGGAGAAGAUAUGUUGAUUCUAGCAGCAGUUCCUUUUGUUUGGGUGCCUGGAGGAAGGGGAAGCAGGCACAAUCUCGUGAACUCAUGUUUGCUGUCUUGAUCACAUGGUGGCUGAAAUGACCCCAGCAGUUACUUCCUGUCACAGUGGGAACUUUCCCUGAAAGCUGGUCAGUUGCAUGGGUGCUAUUUUCACUGUGAAUCCUUGAGAAGAAAGCUGUUAUUUACCUCCCAUGGGCAGACUCUCAGCCAUUUGCCUCGUGUCUCUGUUCUCUGACAUUCCAAGGAGUGCAUUGGUGUCAGAGUCUGCUCGUUAGAACACUGUUCCCACAUGACUUAACACAGGCUCUUUCCCUCCUUGUGGCCCCAUUUCUCCACAAUUGAAGAAGUAGGAGCUGGGAAGUUUUCAGUAGAUGUGCCACUUAACAUAAAGCUGUGUUUGUGGUGCUCCAGUAUUUACCCAUUCCCUUCUUUCUGACCUGUCACCAAAGCUGGGUCUGAGUCUUGUUUGAUGAUGUAUACUUAAAGUGUUUAUAAGCCAUUUAUGGCAGUGCACUUGUGAAUUUCUAACAGGGUUUGAUCUUAUUUGGUAUAUAUGUAUUUGUGGUCCUAGAGAAUGUCAUCGUAAGUGCAUAUCGAUGCCCUUUCUAACUAAGUUUUAUGUAGUUCACUUUGGUGCCCACAGAUGUCGCACAUCUGUUACUGGCAGCAUACGUUAGGCCUUGUGUGCAACUCUUUUUUUCUUCCAUCAAGAUGGGAAAGAUACAUAACAGAGCCAAUGGAGAUAAUAAAUGCAGUUGUUUAUAUAACAUGAAUGGUUCAACAGAUGUUAACUGUUGAGCAAUAAAACUGUUAUAAAGCAUCAAUAAUGUAAAAUUAUAAAAUGUUGGAAAAUGUGUUUGUUUUGAUCAGCUUGGCUCAGUCAUCUUCCCUUAAUUAAGAACAUGUGAGGGAUUUGUCUAGCACAGACAACAGGAUUCUUCCUAUCAUUAAAUGGCUGCAUGUUACCGGCCACACAUGACUUUCUGCCUCUCAUUGGUUUUGACCUAGGACAUAAAAGAAAUAUGCUUUAGGAAAUGUCUAGGUCUAGAAUUUAUUGCCUAACGAGUGAAAUGACAAAUGACCCAAUUGUUCUGAUUUCCUGUUAGAAUUGGCUCGUUCCUAUGUGCAUCCAUGCAUGUUACCCCACAGGGACUCACAUCUGAAUCCACUCCAGCUACUCUACCCCAGAUAGGACCAGAUGAUGAUCACAUAGGAAAAUCCAUAUUCAUGGCGUGAACAGUUCAAGCUAUAGAUUUUUGUUUUGUAAAAAUGAUUUUGUAAGCUUUAUUGAAAGUAAAGUUUCAUUGGACUUGUGUCAUUUCUUAUAUUUAUUUUUCUUUGUAAAAGAGUUUGAAAAUGUCUGAAAGUACUGUGACUUCUGAAUUGUCAAUAAAGUAUAAUUAUUUUGCUUGCU